AUGCCGUGGACGGUCACAAAUUCAUUUAAAAGGGGCCUCAUGAAAACUUACGGGAGACCUGCCCGUCGUAUCUACGAUGAUGACACUUUCCAUGCCGCCAAAAAACGACGCGUGGAAGUCGCCGACGAGUCGGACGACGCCGAGUCGAACUUGCGAUAUGCUAUUCGCGAAUCGUCCAUUGCCGUGACUGCUGUGACUGCAUCCAGCCCAUCACGGCGCGGUUCUGUCAUAUUCUCGGAAAUAACGCAAGAAGACGAAGACGACAAUGAUGAUCUGUCAACACCACCAUCGUCACCGCCCCCUCCUCGUUUGACACCCCCUCCUGCCAACACGCGUAAACCGGCCUUUUCUUUUUUGAAGCGCAAGAAAUCGUCUACCAAGGAGUCAGGCGGCAGUCCCUUGACAGAGGUGAAUUCGAAUAGUGUCCGGUCAUUGGUGGAUCAGCCGAAGAAGAGUCAGCCACAACAACCCCCUGUAUUGAAGCAACUACAGAUCGACGCCGGGAUUACUGUGCGACGCAGCUGCAAUCUAUGUGGUAUGGAAUACGUACCAUCCAACGCCGAGGACGCCGAUCUGCACGACAAGUUCCAUUCGAUGAAUUCCGUUGGUAUUGAUCUAGGCAGAGCGUUUGUCCGAGGAAACGCGUCGCGUUGGGUUUACGAGGCUGCGCGAUGCGAUGAGGGUUAUAUUGUGAUUAUAGACCGAAAGGCAUCACCAUCAACAAGGAAUCAGGCAAAGAAAGUGCUUGAUGUCGUUAAUAGGGAAUUAUCAUCACCGCCAAUCGAUGACGCCACCUUGUGGAGCCAGAUUGAGCCGCCGAAACGUCUACGUAAGAACGAAGCGAAAGAAGAAACCGAUCGAUAUAAAGUUUUUCUUCAUAUGAAGGAUAGCAAAUGUAUGGGAUUGUGCCUUGCGGAGCGAAUAUGGGAAGCGCAUCCCGUUAAAUUGGAUGUAGCGCAAGCGAAUGGUGCCACGACAAACGGCGUGACUAAUGGUAGCGACGUCCAUCGAAGUUCCUCCGUCAGUGUUCACGAAACGUUCGACCCAGCCAUUGUUGGAGUUUCGCGAAUUUGGACCUGUGGCUCUGCGCGUCGAAGAGGCAUUGGCAUGGACCUACUCGACUGCGUCAUUAGCAAUUUCAUAUAUGGACUAGACAUUCCCAAAGAACAGAUCGCAUUCACGCAACCGACCGACAGUGGACUACGUCUGGCUGAAUGCUUCUUUGGUGUUGGGGAGCCCUGGCACGUGUACAAUGAGGGCCCAUGUGUCUCAUAA